AUGUUGACUCUCGCUGUGGCGCCGCUCGCCACGCCGUCAGAGUCCGACUGCGCGGCUUGGGCUGCGAGCGGGGAAUGCGCCGCAAACCACGAGUACAUGCGAUCAAACUGUAAGAGCGCCUGCGACUGGAACGAAUGCUUGGAGCGGUCAGUCGAAUGCGAAGCGGCACCGCACACGCUGUCGGUCGUCUGCCCGGGCCUGUGCAGCAGCUCCGAUGCCAUCACCUCGCUGCCGCUGCCGUGCGAUGCUGAUCAGGCCCGCUGCGAUUCGCGGAAAUUUCAGCUCGAGGCGAGCGGAGGUCGGAAGCUCAAGGCGUGCGUGCGCUGGGCUGAGUCGGAGGAGUGCGACAAAAAUGCAGAGUACAUGCUCAGCGCGUGCCCGCUUGCAUGUGCGGAAAGGUCCGCCGCCAAGUGCGCUCGCUGGGCUGCUGCUGGUGAGUGCGAGACCAACGGUGCGUGGAUGCGGCACGGGCCUUGCGCACGGGCGUGCGACGCCUCGAUCGGCCGCGUGGCCUGCGAUGCGGCGGCCUGCGCCUCGAUCCACAGCGACCACGGCUGUGCCCUCCAAAGCAGUGGCAACGGCACGGUCAGGCGCCGACGCGUGAACCCGCCCGGCUACAAUGAGACGGUGGAGCUCUCGGUGCGAAACGAUGGCGCGGCGACGCUGCAGCUGUUCUAUGCUGCCGAGGACGGCACGGAGACGGGCUACGGCGUCGUGCCCCCUGGGGCCCGCCUCGGGCAGGGCACCGUGGUGACGCACGACUGGCGACUCCGCCGCGACCUCGACUUGCUCCGCAGGAGGGCGUCAACUCGAGCUCCCUCUUGCUCCUUGCUUCUGGGCUCGCGCAGCGGGCUGCCGCGUACCGUUGGAAUGGCGCGCGCCGUUAGCGUCGGGGCGACGAUCCAGGAGUGCUCUCCACUUGUCAUCCUUGCACACGUAGGCUCCCACCACUUGCGGCUUGGCACCCUCGUGCCGCGAGGCUACCGGCACGAGGGCAGCAGCGAGUUGCUUGUGCGCCAGGUCUGGCCCGGCGAUUUGGUCACCGUGGUGCUCGACCCACCGCCCUCCGAAACUUCCGCGGGCGGCGAGAAGGUCUCGCCGGCAGGAAGCGAGCCGCCCCUCGAGGACCGAAGCGCCAUGAGCGAAUUGCCACAGGGCCGCGUCGUCCUCCAGCAUUUGGCCACCGACCUCGUGGUGGAAGAGUGCGCCGCCCCGGUGCAAUCGCUCGAGCGGAGGCGCCAGAGGCUGCAGGAAAACAACCAACAGCUGCGUUCGCAUCUGCAACGGCUGCAACGGCUCGACGAGAGCGCGCGCAAGGCUGACAACUCCAGCAAGGCGGCUGGCUUGGCUACGGAUCUACCGGCCGUCUUGCUCGACGAGUACUCUGCUGGCACGGCCGAGGCCUCUGCGCUCCUCGGUGCUCUCGAGGCCAGCAAACAGGCGCACGCGAAUGCGGACGCCAGCGCACGACGAGUUGUAGAGAGGGCGCACACGCAGGGGCCCGUCGACACACGGUUUUUGCACGCAGUGUAA